AUGGCGCAAGGCAUCCUCAGAACUACAACUCCCAGCGACCCUCGAAAUAAGCGGCCCUUCCGAAGCAAACGGGGCUGGGGGCGUGGAAUUCCGGUCACGACGCAGACGCGGGACCCGCCGGUGGUGGACUGCACCUGCUUCGGCCUCCCGCGCCGCUACAUAAUCGCCAUCAUGAGCGGCCUGGGCUUCUGCAUCAGCUUCGGCAUCCGCUGCAACCUGGGCGUGGCCAUCGUCUCCAUGGUCAACAACAGUACGACCCAUCGCAACGGCCACCUGGUGGUGCAGAAAGCUCAGUUCAACUGGGAUCCAGAGACUGUCGGCCUCAUACACGGCUCCUUUUUCUGGGGCUACAUUGUCACCCAGAUUCCCGGGGGAUUUAUCUGCCAAAAAUUCGCAGCCAACAGUUGGCUUUCUUCUCCCCAGGGGGUCACUUACCCCGCCUGCCACGGGAUCUGGAGCAAAUGGGCCCCUCCCUUAGAGCGGAGCCGCCUGGCGACCACAGCCUUUUGUGGUUCCUACGCCGGGGCGGUGGUGGCCAUGCCUCUCGCCGGGGUCCUGGUGCAGUACUCAGGCUGGAGCUCUGUGUUCUACGUCUACGGCAGCUUCGGGAUCUUCUGGUACCUGUUCUGGCUGCUCGUCUCUUAUGAGUCCCCGGCGCUGCACCCCAGCAUUUCAGAAGAGGAGCGCAAGUACAUCGAAGAAGCCAUCGGCGAGAGCGCCAAACUCAUGAACCCCCUCAUGAAGUUUAAAGCACCCUGGCGGCGCUUCUUCACCUCCAUGCCCGUCUAUGCCAUCAUCGUGGCCAACUUCUGCCGCAGCUGGACGUUCUACCUGCUCCUCAUCUCCCAGCCCGCCUAUUUCGAAGAAGUGUUCGGCUUCGAGAUCAGCAAGGUUGGACCCGGGGACGGGUGUAAAAUGCUGCUGGUGGUGGGCUACUCGCACUCCAAGGGCGUGGCCAUCUCCUUCCUGGUCCUCGCCGUGGGCUUCAGCGGCUUCGCCAUCUCUGGGUUCAAUGUGAACCACCUGGACAUCGCCCCGCGCUAUGCCAGCAUCCUCAUGGGCAUCUCCAACGGCGUGGGCACGCUGUCGGGCAUGGUGUGCCCCAUCAUCGUGGGCGCCAUGACCAAGCACAAGACUCGGGAGGAGUGGCAGUACGUGUUCCUAAUCGCCUCGCUGGUGCACUAUGGUGGGGUCAUCUUCUAUGGGAUCUUCGCUUCCGGAGAGAAGCAGCCGUGGGCGGAGCCUGAGGAGAUGAGCGAGGAGAAGUGUGGCUUUGUUGGCCACGACCAGCUGGCCGGCAGUGAUGAAAGCGAAAUGGAGGAUGAGGCUGAGCCCCCUGGGGCGCCCCCUGCUCCCCCUCCCUCCUAUGGGGCCAUACACAGCACAGUGCUGCCCCCAAGACCCCCACCCCCUGUCCGGGGCUACUGAUCAUGUGCCUCCCACUGGAUGGCAGUUUCCAGAACCUCCAUUCCACACAUCUCUGGCCUGAGUGACAGUGUCAAGGAAGCCCAGUCCUCUCUGUCCUGCCUCAGGCCUAGGAAGCACUCUCCCUUGCUCCCAGUGCUGUCGAAUCCCCUUCCUUUCCCAAUUGCCUCUCAGGGUAGUGAAGCUGCGAAUGGCAGUUUCAAGAAUACCCAGAUUUCCCUAAGGGUUCCCUUCUCCACUUGUUUUGCCUCAGUGGUUCCAAACCUCUCCUUUCAGGGCUUUAUUUCCAUGGACAGUUCGGUCUCUCACUCUCUCUUGUGGUUUUGAGGCAACUUCUCCCCUUCUUUUAACCCCAGGGACCCUGAGUUACUUGGCCCCCCCUCUUCUCUCAGAAAAAUUCAAGGUCUUCCUCUAGAGGUUUCAAAUCUCUCCUAAAUCUAUUCUGCAUUUUUUUUCAGGUUGGUUUAGCCAAUCACCCAUCCCCACUAUUUUAGAGAUCGAUUCUCACCAGCGUUUCUGAGGGAAAAUGGUGGUUUCAAGACCCCCCCCCCAACCUCUUCACCCUUCCCUCCCCUCCACCAGCAGAUUCUGCUGAAACACCAAAUCCCCAAGACCUUCUCCCUAGCUUAGCGCAAUGUCUGGGGACACCACCCAGACGGCAGGUUUAUCAGUACGCCUCACUCCACCCCUAUGCACUUUUUCGGACAGUUUUCAGGGUUAAAUAGUGGCUGCUCAAGUUCAUCAGUGGUUUGAAGCCACCACCAUUGAACUUCCCCACGGUGGUUUCAACAUGUCCCCCUCCCCCCCAGCUCCUUGCACUUUAUUCUCCUGGGUGGUUUCAAACCACCCUCAUUUUCUCAGUGGCCAUUUCUCGUGUCCCUCAGGGGCUAAAUGACUCAAAUUCGGGGAUGCUACCCUCUCAGACACCUUUCUUUUGGCUUAGAAUUUGGGGAACACAUAUAAGAGAAGUCACAGAAUCCCCGGAAAGGGAAGGGGGCUGGGGCGAGAGGUGUUUUCCCCGGGGCAGGGUGCCUCUGUGUGUGUCUGUCUCUGUGACUGUAAACCCUGCCCUGCCCCACUCCCAAUAAAGUGCUUUGGUGGACA